UCGCAAGGUCAUUUGAUGGAGAAAAUUGAGUCUGAGAAUCUGUUGCUUAGAGCCUUUAGUUUGUUUUUGUUCAACUCAAAGCAUGAGCUACUGCUUCAGCAACGCUCUGCCACGAAGGUAACGUUCCCCCUUGUGUGGACAAACACCUGCUGCAGCCAUCCAGUGUACCGGGAAUCCAAGUUUAUUGCUGAGAACGCCCUUGGUAAUAGAGCAUAUAUUGGGGCAAGGAAUGCUGCACAGAGGAAGCUCUUGGACGAGGUGGGCAUUCCUGCUGAAGAUGUGCCGGUUGAUGAAUUUAUUCCUCUUGGUCGAAUGCUGUAUGAGGCACCUUCUGAUGGGAAGUGGGGGGAGCACGAACUUGACUACUUUCUGUUCACUGUUCUAGCCGUGAAGGUCAAUCCCAACCCCGAUGAGGUCGCGGACAUCAAGUACGUGAACCGGGAGCAGUUGAAGGAGCUGUUGAGGAAAGCCGAUGCAGGUGAGGGGGGUCUGAAGCUGUCGCCCUGGUUCAGAUUAGUUGUGGACAACUUCUGGUUCAGGUGGUGGGAUCAUCUGGAGAAGGGGACGCUGGAGGAGGCCGCUGAUAUGAAAACCAUUCACAAGCUAACCUGAGAUUCGUGUGGGAGUAGCAGCAGCAGCCUAAUAAGGACGUAGAUUUGGACUUCAGUUUGAUGUUAUUAAGCUGCUCAAUCUAAAUAACGGUGGACUUAGAC